CCCACGCAGAAAGAGAGGAUAUACAUACACACAUAUGUACAUACACACACGUUUUGCGUGUGAAGCUGUGUGGAAAUCUGAAAUACUACCAGGCACACCUUUAUGGUACAGUGGUGCCACCCGAUGAAAUAACAGUUAAUUAUAGACAUGGCCUUCCCUUGAUAACACUUACUUUGCCAUCCAGAAAAGAACGCUGUCAGUUUGUAGUCAAACCAAUGUUGUCCACAGUUGGUUCGUUCCUGCAGGACCUACAAAACGAAGAUAAGGGCAUCAAAACUGCAGCCGUCUUCACAGCAGAUGGCUGUGAGAUUCCAGCUUCAACUUUGAUGGAUAUUUUGCUAAUGAAUGAUUUUAAGCUUGUCAUUAACAAAGUGGCAUAUGAUGUGCAGUGCCCCAAGAAAGAAGACCCGAGUAACAAGCAUGCUACUGAGAUGGAAAACAUGAAAUCCUUGGUUCAUAGACUGUUCACAAUCUUGCAUUUAGAAGAGUUUCAGAAAAAGAGAGAGCAGGAUUUACUGGAUAAAAUUGACCACCUGAAAGAACAGCUGCAUCCCCUCGAACAGGUCAAAGCUAGAAUCGAAGCUCACUCAGAAGCCAAAACUAGUGGACUCCAGUGGGCUGGAUUAGCACUGCUGUCUGUCCAGGGCGGGGCGCUGGCCUGGCUCACUUGGUGGGUGUACUCCUGGGAUAUUAUGGAA